AUGUGUAUAAUUCGGACAUCACGUAGAUCGCGUUUUUUGUUUGCUUACGUUUGCAAACGACAGAUGGAAGAAGCAGAAGUAAAAGCAACGAUGGAACAAGCUCUUUCAAUUUUUGAAAGACUUUCAUUGAAAGCAGGUGACAGUGAAGAUUCCGAAGAUAAUGGGAACAACAAAAUACUAAGGAAGUCAUCUAAAACUAUUUGCUUUUCGCAGCAACCAUCGACAGCAUCAAGCUACACUGCCCGUCUUACCAAAGAUCGUACUCGACAUCGUUACAAGCCAUAUUUAUUACCUUUAAUGAUCAAAACAACCGACACACUUAAACGCAAUUCUGUCUUGGAAAAGCUUUGGGGCAUUAAAUUAGAAGGUGAUGUCGACGAGCUACGGUUGACAUUCGCAAAACAACCAUCCAUUAUGGAAAGGAGUAAGAAUUCAAGCUGCGCAGUGGAAGCAUCACGUUAUUCACCGUGGGAUUUAGCGGACGAAGGUGUGGAUGGCGAAGUUGCGGAACUAGCGGAAUAUUUUAACCAAUUUGUUAAUAUUUGCUUAAAAAUGUCAGCUCUAGCUGAAAGCAUGUAUGCAUGA